AUGGCAGAUGGAGGCUUUCAUCAAACAUCCCCAGUGAAGCGGAAGCCGCUUCCUCGAGAUUCGAGACACAGCCGUACAAUCUGGGAUCGCUCCUCACAAGAUGAUUCGUUCCCUCUGAGGCCGAUUGAUGACAGACUUUCAUGGUCCUUACCUCCGUUGACAGAUUUCAAUGACACCAACACAACAUACGAGGUCCCAAAGAAGAUUGAUCUACCAAAAGCGACUCAAGGCCAAUGGGAUGGCCCUCGCCAACGAUGGAACCGAGGUGGUCGCUACUUUAGGUUGUCUCCCCCCGACCGAUGGGUCAAGUUUGGCUUGUCACAGAAGUUCCCAUUCGUCUUUCAGAACGCCGGUUCUCCCGGAGAUGUUGAUGAAGUGCAAUCCCAGCCGCAAAUGUGGAAUCCUAUCUGGUUGCAGGGCCCCAUCCUGUCCGGCUUUGUCGCCCUGUUUCUGGCCCUGGUAGCCGGGUUGCUAAUCCUGUGGCAUUUUGCUCAGCUUAGGAAUGGAAUCAGGACGAACAUCACCAACAAUCACUACGCAUGGACGUAUGGGCCCACUGCACUGCUGGUCGUGAUAGGUGUGGCAUGGAAACAGGUCGACUUUCACUGCAGAACUUUGGCACCAUGGGCACAUCUUAGAGAUGGGCCUGCUGCAGCAAAGCAAUCCCUGCUACUGGACUAUAUCUCUCCAAUUCUACCUAAGAUUCUGGCUGCAGCUGCUACAAAUCGUGAUUGGCCAGUUGUGGCAAGCGGCAUUGGGAUCUUGCUGCUGAGACUUGUGAUCGUCUUCAGUACUGGUCUCCUUGUGCUCACACCAACCUCAGACUCUAAGAUCACGCCCGAUGUCAUCGUCAACUCCAAAUUUGUUGGAACAAAUAGUUCCAUUGCACCAGUCGCUGUCGACACCGAGUUGAUGCGAUACUAUGGUAUACAAGAGCGAGGUCUGGACUAUCAAUAUGGCACAUCAGCAAGUGUGGCGUAUAAUACUCUUGACUUGCAUUCUGUGCCCGUGAACUCCACUGUGGCAGCAACGGUGGACGGCGUGUUCCCAUUCUUCGACUGUGAGAUUGUAACACCCAAUAUUGUCGGCAACAACUUCACCUGGAGCAAUGAUGGGGAGUAUCCUUAUGGAGACACACUGGACUUGGGCCUUACUUUAUACCCUGACAGAUGUCCUCCUCUGCGGUCAUACUAUCAGUUGUGCAGCCAUGCGCCCGACUGUCCCCUUGGACGAUCUAUCAUCUCUGAUGAAUCGUGGAAUUGGCCUAAUUCUUACAACCCCAUGAAGCCGCUGGACGAUCUCGAUCCUUGUGCCAACCUUUACUAUCUUACCAUAAUAGAUAUCACUUUUGCAAAGGUGGCAGGGCACCCGAGCAAUUCAAGUGAGGCCUGGAACGUGACCCUGGCAGAUUCAGUCGGUAUGGUUUGUGCUCUUGGAUACACCGUUGAUAGGGUCAACAUCACGAUCAAUACCGCCGAUCCCACCUCAAGUGGUGGAGUCAAUACGACGGGCCCGUUGCAGCGUAUAGCAGAUGUCCUUCCGGGAUUUUCGUACUACAAUCUUACUCAAGACUUCCAGAAUCAGGUCACAGUGAACGGCCUUCCGGCUCUGACGGAUGCACCGAAGAUAUAUGACUUCGCCCACCUCUUUGCUAUCCUCAAUGGGGGCUCCGCAACCGCUUUAUUGAAUGGAACUACGUUGAGGCAGACGGCGGAAAAAGCUUUCAAGGGUGUUGCAGUUCAAUUUGCCCACUCGUACCUUCGCAAAGCCGACAACGUCACAACUACAGCCGAAGUUAUGUAUCAGGAACCCAGACUUCAAAUCCGAAUGGUGAGCCUAUGGGCCAUGGGCGCAGGGUGUGUGCUGUUGGCGUUCUCUGCUGCUGCUGUCCUCAGGUGGCGCCCCCAAGACGUGGUUUCGCGUCGCCCCAACUCCAUUGCCGCCCAAGCAACCAUCCUUGCCGCAAGCCCUACGCUCCAGAGGUCGUUGGAGGCAGCAGCGAGUGACUCAGUGGGGCAUCUUAAACCUCAUCUACAGGAUCUACUGGCAGCGUCCCACAUAACGAGUGAGCGCGGAGGCCGCGAGUUCUCCAUCGAGACUACCGUCAAGGAAGGAAAUCAAGCCAGGUCCCCCGAUGACUCCAGCAAGGACACUUGGUGGAAGACGAUGUCCAGCACGGUCUGGUUCAUGUGCAUGGCUCUGGCGCUUCCACUUGGUGUCAUUGUGACGUUAGAAGUCUUGCAGCACGAAUCGGACAUGAAUGAUGGGUUGGCUACCAUGUCAUCUCGCUCUAGCAUCACUCAUUCGCUCCCAACCAUCCUCACGUCACUCAUUCUGAUAUCGAUCGCAAUGAUGUACGAUACCAUCGAUUUCGCAGCAGGUACGCUUGCGCCGUAUCAGAUGCUGGCUCGGGGAGGCGCUCCUGCAAAGCAGACAUUGAUGGACACAUCGGGCAAUCCACCAAUCUGGUCCACGGUGAAAUCGAUCCGUGAGCGCCAUAUGGGAGCUGCCGUAGCAUCAGCGGCUGCACUCGUUGGCAGUCUUUUGACAAUCAUCGCUUCGGGCCUCUACACAAUCGAAGCUGUCCCGUUGGCCCUCGAUGUUACCAUCAGCACAUCGGACAAAUUUGUGCCGUCGUUCGGUACUUCGACAGAUGGGUCAGCUGGAGCUAUGUUUCAGCUGAUUGAACAAAACAAUGCAUCGUAUCCAGCACUCACCUACGACGGAUUGGCGUACCCUAGCAUAGAUAUCUCCAGCUUGGGAGCUGAAGCCAUGGGACAGUUGAGGGAUCCGGCGCAAUCAGUGACACUUCAGGCAAACAUAGUUGCCAUGAGAGCAUCACUCAACUGUACUCUCGUACCAAGGCACAUUAUGAACAUGACGAUGGUUGGCACUCGGACUCCCGGCUGCCGAGACAAUGUGCUCACGUUCAACGCAAGUUUACCUUCAUCAUGUCCACACUUUUUGAAUGGACAAAAUGAGACCGCGACAGACAUCCCAUUCACAUACAGUGUCCAACACAAUUGUCUCGACGAGGCCAAUCUCGCUAUCUAUGAGCAAGUCGUCCUCAAUGCCGAGGGUGCGACGGGCGAGGCGAACUUCAUGACCAGCGAAGGGGAUACACUAGGAGCGGCAAGCAAUCCGCCCGGAUGCCCAUCGCUGGCUUUCUUGUCGGGCUACUUUGUCGAAAAUGUCACUUCGACGGAGAACAUAACGGCCAUGACGUGCAUCCAAGGGUUAGAAGAGGUGCACACGGAAACCGUCUUCUCGGUCACCGUCGACGCUGUCCAGGUCAGGUCGGAGCCGAAGGUGGAUGAGAGCUCAGCUCGUUGGUUGCAGGCGUUCAACAGCACGUACUGGUUCACGAACAUCAAUACCUUUGGCGCCUUCGACCGUGAAGCGCCCACCCUGCUCAUUGACUACUUCUAUUCACAAGUCAACUACGGCCCGGACGGGAUCCCGGCACAGGAGCUCACGGGCCCUGCCAACACACAGCGGUUCAUCGAUGCCACACAACGUAUCUAUCGGCGAUAUAUGGCCCAGCUGAUCAGUGCCACCAUGCGCCAAACUCUGAAUCGCACCGAAACGGCGUCGGCGCCUGGAUACUCAGGUACCGUGUCAGGCCUCAGCCGACCCAGGCUCAAGCAAGACCCUACGUCGAAGCUGAUCCUCCAGAUCUUCCUAGGCAUCAUGCUUGCCUGCGGCGUCUUUGUCUACAGCCGACGCAAUAUGCACCGAGUCCUCCCACGUGCUCCCUGGAGUAUUGCAGGGAUGAUGAGCUUGCUUGCAGGCAGUGAGAUGAUCGACAGGAAAGUCAUCCCCAUCGGGGCCGCAUUUAUGAGCGACAAAGAGCUGGCCAAAGUGUUUCAAGGCUACGUCUUCAGCCUGGGAUGGUGGGAAACGAUGGGAGACCGACCGAACGGGCCAGAGACAGCGAGGCGAUUUGGCAUCGAUAUUGGAAAGGCCGAGACGAGCGCAAAAGCAUGA